AUGGCCGACCAUGCAAUGCUUUCGGAACUUUGCUCGGUGUGCUACACUGAAAAGCCGAAGUACCGGUGUCCUAGAUGCAGCAUACAGACGUGCUCUUUGCCAUGUUACAAGAAGCACCAGCAGCGUGCUUCGUGCAACGGCAAAAGGGAUCCCGCCGCAUACCUGAGGAAGAGCCAGUGGGCCACCCCUACCGGCCUUGAUCUGGACUUUAAUUAUUUGAAGAACAUCGAGAACAGAAUCACUUCUGCCGGCCAUUAUGUCCAGGAUCGCGGCAUCGAAAGCGGUCAUGCGAGCCAUCCUACCGCCACUGGGAACCGAUUCCAGCAAUAUCUAGACAAGUACAACAUUACCGUCCGACGUGCUCCCAAAGGCAUGAGUAGGGAGCGUGCGAAUACGAGUCGUGCGACUAAGGGUCACGAUGCGCUUUGGUCAGUAGAAUGGAUCUUGGGUGCAGAACAACGCAAUCUGCUACAUGACUGCGCAGAGUCUGACACUAUUGCAAGCCUGUACAAAUCAUUGGUGAUGUCGGAAGCGCGUAAGCGUGGUGAAAACGCACAGUCACAACGCAGCAAGAAGCGCAAAAGGGCACAAGCUUCCGAAGCAUCAUCACAGCCCCAAGCCAGCAGCAGUAAUGCGCAGCCGCGGAAUGGGGACUUCGAAAAUACCAGUGGCGUCACGGAGGCAUGCGACGAACCGGCCACUGAACGAAAGCUGCUAGAAGACCUGAAUGAGACAGCGCCAACGACAAGACCAGAUGUUAGUGGAGGCGCUGGCGAGAGCAAGCAUGUGGCAGAUGAUUUACACUUCUACCUUCUCAAACCAGGUUCCUCUUCGGGCAUUCGAGCCCUCAUUCCGCUGCAAAGCGCAGACACCCUGACCAGAUGCCUCACGAACCGGACAGUCCUCGAAUACCCAACCAUCUAUGUCAUGCCCGAUCGGCCAGACUCGCUCCCGGAAGGCUUUAUUCAGGAUGAUGAUGACUGGACAAUGCCAAAGACAGAACGCUAUGCAGCGGAAGGCGACGCUCAUAGCAACGGCAUGACUGGAUCAAAAGGUAAAUUGCGAGUGGAUGGCAAAGACUCAACGGUAGAUUACGCAGAUGCACAAAGCAUCCUCGACAUGCUGAAGAGGGACGUGAGCGCAUGA